AUGAAUCUCUUCCGGAUCUUGCUGCUCGCUGGUCUCGCUGUGGCCAAGCAGCCGAACAUCCUCUUCGUCCUGACCGACGACCAAGGCAAGUAUGUCGGAGGACUGGAACAUAUGCCCAAGCUGCAGGAACUUCUUGUGCAAAAAGGAGCGACCUACCCUAAACACUACUGCUCUGUCGCCCUGUGCUGUCCCUCUCGCGCCAACCUCUGGACGGGUCGCAUGCCACAUAACACCAACGUGACCGACGUCGGCCUGCCAUACGGCGGAUACCCCAAGGUGGUGUCGGCUGGCUGGAAUGACAACUACCUGCCAUUAUGGAUGCAAGACUCAGGGUACAACACGUACUACGUUGGCAAGUUGUGGAACGCGCACACCGAAGACAACUACAAUAAGCCCUACGCACGUGGCUUCAACGGCUCCGACUUCCUCCUCGACCCCUACACCUACCGAUACUACCAUGCGCGGAUGACCCGGAAUGGUCAGCCCCCGGUGAAAUACGACGGCAAAUAUUCGACCGAUGUGAUCGCCGAGAAGGCGGCCGAUUUCCUGGAUGAGGCGAUCGCGCAGGACCGUCCGUGGAUGUUGACGGUGGCGCCCAAUGCGCCGCACGCCAAUGGUUCGCACGAUCCUACGCGCAAUGCGAAUUGGUUUGGUGAGCCGGAAUUCGCGCCUCGUCACGCCGACUUGUUCAAGGAGUACCAGUCUCCUCGCGAUGCGAGCUUUAACAAACUGAUCGAGGGUGCUGUGAGCUGGACUGAGAAUGUGCCUGAGCUCAGCCAGAAGGAGAUUGACUAUAUCGAUGUGUUCCAGCGCUGUCGUCUGCGUGCUCUGCAGGCAGUUGACGAGAUGAUUGGAAACUUGGUCGAGAAGCUUGAGAAGGCCGGUGAACUGGACAACACCUACAUCUUCUUUUCCACGGACAACGGAUACCAUCUGGGCCAGCACCGCAUGCAACCUGGAAAGAACUGUGGUUAUGAAACCGAUAUCAAUGUGCCUCUGAUUGUUCGCGGACCUGGUAUUCCCGAGAACCAGACUCUGGACGUCGUGACUAGCCAUACCGACCUUGCGCCUACUUUCCUGUCUAUCGCUGGCUCUUCGCGACAAGGACUGGAUGGCAAGGCCAUCCCGACCACCGUGCAGGCCAGCAAGUCUGACAACAAGAAGGAGCACGUCGCUAUCGAAUAUUGGGGAUUGGCUGUCCCAGAAGGCAUUUACGGCUACGCGAGCGACAAGCUGCAACAGCCUCACAACAGCUAUCAGCGAAACACAUACAAGGGCAUCCGUCUCAUCGCUGAAGACUACAGUCUUUACUACUCCGUCUGGUGCACAAACGAGAAGGAAUACUUCAAUCUGAAGGAUGACCCCCACCAAACAGUCAACCUGGCCGCCCACCCCAACAAGCACGCGAACUACAAAAUCGCGAACCGGGAACUGCCCCAAAUUAUCAACCGCCUCGACGCCCUCAUGAUGGUGCUCAAGUCCUGCGAAGGCGACUCCUGUCGCGACCCGUGGGGCCAGCUGCAUCCUGCCGGCCAGGUCACGAACCUCGCCGAGGCACUGGCAACCGGAUUCGACGAAUUCUACGAGAACCAGCCCAAGGUCUCUUUCACGGCCUGUGAGCAUGGGUAUAUCAAGGAGUCGGAAGGUCCGCAGGAGUACAAUGCCUACAAGGGUGGGAAUAACCAGAAGAGAGGCUGGGGAUGGGUCUCUUUCUUGUGGUGA